CAUGGCUGCGGACGCCUAAAGUAAACAGUGAACUUUUUGGAUAGUUAAAAGCCAGUAAUGAAACUAAUUUCGAAGUAGAAGUUGUUUCAACAACAUAAAGUAUUAUUGUUUUGAGUAGCCAGUUAUUGGUUUACCAUCAUGUCUGAAUUGGAGGCGGCAAAAACGCCGCUGAAUAGGGUGAAAGCUGGAGUUAAACGCCAACCAAGUGCCGCCGGGGAUCCCAAGAACAAAUCAAGGCUGGCAGCACUAGCCCCUGGCGAAAAUCUGAAAGAAAAACAGCAAAAACUGAAAGAAGAACGUGAAGCGAAGCGUGCCCUUCUUGAUGAGCGUCAUGAAUUUAUCAUGCAGUCGUUGGCCUCCUGCCUCAGGUUGGAAAACAGUGAGGUUGAAGAUGCUAUCCUGGAGGGAAAUAACAUUGAGAAAAUGAACAAUUUCUUCAAAGAAGAUGCUGGUCUUCACUUAAUGUUUUUCUACCAAGAAAUGGAACAGAUUUCUGAACAAGCUGAUCAACUGCGAUUAGCCGGAGGGAAAGUUCGUGCCUCCAAGUCUAGGUUAAUCCUAACAGAGGGUAAAGAUAUCUCAGCCAUUGGAAUUUGCAUAUUUUUCCUCAAGUCUUCAGUCAGUAAAGCUAUCACCAUUGAAAAUAUUCACAAGGAGGUUAACUUCACCACAUUGGACACAAAUGGAGGCAACCUUUUAUUUGCAGUCAAUAACCUACUGUCCAACAUCUUCAUUCCAUUUCUUCGUGCGAAUACAACUUGGUGGGGGAAACUUAACUCGCAGGCAAACCAACCAACGCGAAUAGACUUCCUUAACAACCUUGAAUCCUUUGUAACAAUUCUCUCCGGAGCGCAAGAAUCUCUCGGACAAAAGGUUGAAUUGGCCCCGUGUCAGUCGCAUGACCUCUCCAAGCUGGUGAAACCUUCAGAUUUUGUUGCGGUUGCUAACAGCACCCAGGAUCUUGAGCAGAUUGAACAAUGUAUCACUAUAUGGAUACGACAGAUUGAACAGGUUUUGACUGAGAGUGAACAAAUUCGCAAAGAGGCAGAUAAUAUUGGUCCUCGAGCGGAACUUGACCACUGGAAGAAGAGGAUGUCAAAGUUCAACUACCUGUUGGACCAGAUCAAGCACCCACAUGUGAAGGCAGUGCUUGGAGUGUUGCAAGCUGCCAAGUCACGUUUACUCAAGAGUUGGAUGGAGCUAGAUCGGAGGAUAACAGAUGCUGCAAAUGAAGCUAAAGACAAUGUCAAGUUUCUGUACACGCUAGAGAAGUUUUGCGACCCCUUGUACAAUAGUGACCCUGUUGGUAUGGUUGAUACUAUUCCCGGUUUAAUCAAUGCUAUCCGUAUGAUCCAUAGCAUCUCGCGUUACUACAACACAUCAGAAAGAAUGACCUCACUAUUUGUCAAGGUAACCAAUCAAAUGAUAACAGCAUGCAAGGCAUACAUCACUUGUAAUGGCAUUUACACCAUCUGGGAGCAACCUCGUGAUGAGGUGAUCGCGAAGCUUCGGGCUUCGAUCCGACUAAACCGCGAGUACCAAGCCUGUUUCCAGAAGACAAAGCAAAAACUUGAGACAAUGCCCAACGAACGACAGUUUGAAUUCUCCGAGAUGUAUAUAUUCGGCAAGUUUGACACCUUUGAACGGCGACUGACAAAGAUUAUUGAUAUGUUUGACGUGAUUGAAAUGUACUCACAUUUAGCUGAGUCUCGUAUUGAAGGAAUGGAGUUGAAGGCUGCCCGUUUUGGUGCCAUUUAUACUUCGAUGAAAAAGAAGCCGUACGACCCACUUGACCAAAGGAAGGCAGACUACGACCAAGAUUAUACAGAAUUCAAACGACAAGUGAAUGAGUUACAGGCCCAGAUCAAAAGCUUCAUGGAUGAAAUGUUUGACAAGAUUCAUAACAUCCAACGAGCUUUGCAGUUAAUUGGAAAGUUUGACAGACUUGGUUUAUGCAAUCUUGGUGUGCAGGAGAAGUACACAUUGAUACUGCAACGAUUUGGCCGUGAGAUUGAAAACACUGCCAAGAAUUACCAACGCAACAAGAACGAACCUCCAGUGGCCAGAGAUCUUCCACCAAUCGCCGGCAAGAUCAUGUGGGCAAGGCAGAUGUUCCGCAGGAUCCAAGAACCAAUGGAAGUCUUUCAGCAGCAACCGCACCUCUUACAAGGAGCCGAUGCUAAGAAGAUCAUCAAGAACUUUAACAAGCUGGCUAAGGUGUUGAUGGAGUUUGAAGUCUUGUACCACAGAGCAUGGUUGCGGCAGGUCGAAGCUGUCAAAUCCGGGCUGAACGCAUCACUACUGGUCAGGCAUCCCGAGAGCAAUGAACUCUAUGUUAAUUUCGACCCACAGAUUCUUACAUUGAUACGUGAGACAGAGUGCAUGACACGUCUUGGGUUGGACAUACCAAUUGCAGCUAAAGCAAUGCGACAGAAACAAGGUUACUUCAAAGAACUACAUGGUAAACUAGAGAUGCUCUUACUUGAGAACAAGCGUGUGCGGGGUAAGAUUCACCAAGUGUUUGAGUCAUUGAUGACGCCCCAUAUCAACAAGCUAGACUCUGUGGUUGACCCUGGCUUGAGUAUGCUUACAUGGACCAGCUUAAACAUUGAAAGUUUCAUCAGUGAUGUUUAUACAGCUCUAGGGAAUUUGGAGCUUUUGAUGGACCGUGCAAAUGACUUGGUUCAGUUCCGGAUCAAUUCCGUCUUGUUUGAGAUGAGCACGACCCAGUUAUGUGAGCUCCCAGAGGAUGACCCCUGGACCAUUGCUCAGUUUCAUGCAAGGACUCAGGAAUUGUGCAACAAGGGGGCAAUCACACUGCAGAUAAAGAGCAUGCAGGUUGAAGAAGCUGCCAAUGAGUUGAUUGACAUGCUGUUGACAGCUGAUAAAGAUGAAGAGGAUGACGAAGAUGAUGCAGAGGAGGACAAAGAUGGAGAAGAAGUUGAGAAGCGGCGUGCAAGCCCAACGCCAUCCAGGACCAGUUUAAACCGUAGUCAGGGCAGUGUGAAAUCACGAGUACAGUCUGCAGCGGCUAUGACAGUUGCUAAGCGCAAACGUGAAUUGCAGGAGAAUUUAGAGGAAGCAGCGCAAGAGCUUCUGGCUCACUUUAAUCAUCGUAAUCUGGACGCCCUGUUGAAGGUGACUCGACAGACACUGGACACUAUUCGCAAAAGAGUCACUUCAAGCACCGUGCUGAGCUACAUGGAUAUGACACAGAGAGGAGAUAAACAGAAGAAGGAUAGUCCCUUCUUCAGAUGUAAUGUCACCCUAGCCAUCCCCAACAUCACCAUGCAGCCCGCUUUAGAUGAAGUACAGCAGGCCAUCAACAAGGCAGCUCAGAUGGUGCUAGCUGUCUCCAAGGGCAUAUCACAGUGGACUAAGGAGAGGAAACCCAAGGCCAAGCGUGAAGCAGAAGCUAGGGCAGGAGCAGCCUCCGAGACUAACCGGCGAAGCAGUCUAACAAGCAUUGCGCACUCUGAAAGUUCCCGUAGCGAUUUGGCUGGAAAGCGUGGUAAGGGUGAAGAGACACCAAAUGUACCUCCCGUUCAGGCUAAAAACUAUUUCAAGAGCGUCAGCGAGAACAAAGAUGUUGCAAAACUUGUUGCACCACUCUCCACUUGCAUCAACUCGACCAAGAAGGAAGUGACCACUGCGCUGGAGAACUUCAACGUGUACCAUGCUAUCUGGCAGAAGGAUCGUGAGACCACCAUUCAGGAAUUCAUGGCAGAGCAUCCCAACUUAAAUGACUUCCAGAGUAUGAUCCUCCACUACAAAGAACUUGAGGCUAGCAUUCAAAAUGAACCUGAAUAUUACAAUGUUGGAGCCCUAGCACUCUUUACAGAAAAUUUAAAGUAUGCGCUGGUAACGGAGACUAGAGCUUGGCAGGUGGUUUUUGGAAAAGCCUGCAAUGAGCGAUACAGAACCAUGAUGGAGAAUAUCUUUGACUUCAUUGAUGACACAGCCAAGAAACUUGGACGACCAAUCAAAGAUCUUGAUGAUAUUCGUAUCGCCAUGGGUGCCUUAAAGGAGAUCCGAGAAAAUGAGAUACGCAUUGAUAUGGAGAUUGGCCCAAUUGAGGAAUCAUAUGCUACACUUAGCAAAUACGAACUGCUGGUUGCUAAGGAAGAUGCUGAGAAGGUUGACACCUUGCGCUACACGUGGGCUAAGCUCGUGGCCCAGUCAACAGAGAUGUCACAUUUCCUACUCAAGAUCCAACCAGAUUUCCGUGGUGGCCUGCUCACAAAUGUGCAAGAUUUUGUUGCCGAUUGUGCAAACUUUUAUUCUGACUAUGAGAAGGCUGGACCAAUGGUAGCAGGAGUACCACCAAAAGAGGCCAGUGAACGCUUGAUCAUCUACCAGAACCGCUUUGACAACCUGUACCGUAAGUUCAUCACAUACACAGGCGGUGAAGAACUAUUUGGGCUGCCGGUCACAGAAUAUCCGGAACUUCUCCAGAUCAAGAAAGAGUUAAACCUGCUGCAGAAGUUAUACGGUCUGUACAAUGACGUCAUUGACCGUGUCAACGGCUACUACGAUAUCCUCUGGACAGAUGUGAACAUUGAAAAGAUUAACACUGAAUUGAUUGAGUUCCAAAACAGAUGUCGUAAGCUUCCCCGAGCAUUGAAGGAAUGGCAAGCAUUUAACGAACUUAGGCAAACCAUUGAUGACUUCAACGAAACGUGUCCGCUCCUGGAACUCAUGACAAACAAGGCCAUGAAGCCACGUCAUUGGCAACGCAUGGCCGAGCUCACAGGCCAUGUGUUUGAUGUGGAAAAUGAGUCGUUCUGUUUGCGCAACAUCAUGGAAGCACCGCUUUUGAAAUGCAAGGAAGAUAUUGAGGAUAUUUGUAUAUCAGCUGUGAAGGAGAAGGACAUUGAAGCCAAGCUGAAGACAGUUAUUGCUGAAUGGGGAGCUCACCUUCUAAUGUUCGUGAACUUCAAGAACCGUGGAGAGCUGUUGCUUCGUGGUGAUCAUACUGGAGAGAUCAUCGGGUUGAUGGAAGACAGUCUAAUGGUUCUCGGAUCCUUGCUCAGUAACAGAUACAAUGCUCCUUUCAAGAAGCAAAUUCAGCAGUGGGUUCACAACCUGUCCAAUACCUCGGAGAUCAUUGAGCAGUGGAUGCAAGUGCAGAACCUCUGGGUGUACCUGGAAGCCGUCUUUGUUGGUGGAGACAUUGCCAAACAGCUGCCAAAGGAAGCAAAGCGUUUCUCAAACAUUGACAAGUCUUGGGUGAAGAUUAUGGUGAGGGCACAUGAGAACAAUAAUGUUGUCCAGUGCUGUGUUGGUGAUGAGACUAUGGGACAGCUACUGCCUCAUCUGUUGGAACAGUUAGAACUCUGCCAAAAGUCUCUCACUGGUUACUUGGAGAAGAAGCGUCUGCUCUUCCCGAGGUUCUUCUUCGUGUCUGACCCAGCAUUGCUUGAGAUUCUUGGACAAGCAAGCGAUUCGCAUACCAUUCAGGCUCAUCUCCUCAGCGUGUUCGACAACACAAAACGGGUCAAGUUCCACGAGAAAGAUUAUGACAGGAUUCUGGCAAUAGAAUCAUCGGAAGGGGAAACGAUAGAUCUUGAGAGGACUGUAAGAGCUGAAGGUAAUGUAGAGAUCUGGUUGAUGUCUCUUAUGAUGAUGGCCCAGAAGUCUUUACAUGGUGUCAUUAAGAUGGCUGCCAUGGCAAUACAAGAUCCAAGCUUCCAAUUGGUGGAAUUCCUCAACACAUAUCCGGCACAGAUUGGUUUGCUUGGCAUCCAAAUGAUCUGGACGCGUGACGCAGAGGAAGGCCUGAAGAAUGCUAAGUAUGACAAGAAGGUGAUGCAGCAGACUAAUCAGAUGUUCAUGGAGCUACUGAUCAUGCUCAUUGACAUGACAACCAAAGAACUGACAAAGGUCGAGAGACGUAAAUAUGAAACGCUCAUCACAAUCCAUGUCCAUCAGAGAGAUAUAUUUGAUGAUCUUGUCCGUAUGCAUAUCAAGUCAGUUACUGAUUUUGAGUGGCUGAAGCAAUGUCGCUUCUACUUCGUGGAGGAUGCGGACAAGAUGUUGGUGAAGAUUACAGAUGUGGACUUCCUCUAUCAGAAUGAGUUCCUGGGAUGCACAGAGAGACUUGUCAUCACACCUCUUACUGACAGAUGUUACAUUACCCUUGCCCAAGCCCUUGGUAUGAGUAUGGGCGGGGCACCUGCUGGCCCAGCUGGUACUGGUAAGACAGAAACCACCAAAGACAUGGGACGUGCACUGGGCAAGUAUGUGGUUGUCUUCAACUGCUCCGAUCAAAUGGAUUACAGAGGACUGGGAAGAAUUUACAAAGGACUUGCUCAGUCAGGUAGCUGGGGUUGCUUUGAUGAGUUCAACCGUAUUGACCUACCUGUGCUCUCUGUGGCUGCCCAGCAGAUUGCAAUUGUCCUGACGGCAAAGAAGGAACGCAAAAAGAAGUUUAUCUUCACUGAUGGUGACACGGUAGACUUGAAUCCAGAAUUCGGUCUCUUCUUAACAAUGAACCCGGGAUAUGCUGGUAGACAAGAACUUCCAGAAAAUCUCAAGAUCAACUUCCGUACUGUAGCGAUGAUGGUACCAGAUCGACAGAUCAUUAUUCGUGUGAAACUCGCUAGCUGUGGUUUCAUGGAGAAUAUUAUUCUGGCCAGGAAGUUCUACACUUUGUACAAAUUGUGCGAGGAACAGCUGAGCAAACAGGUCCAUUAUGACUUUGGUCUGCGGAAUAUUUUGUCAGUGCUACGUACACUUGGUGCCAACAAACGUGCCAAUCCAACUGACAGUGAGAACACGAUUGUCAUGAGGGUUCUGCGUGACAUGAACCUUUCAAAACUGGUGGAUGAAGAUGAGCCUCUUUUCCUGUCGCUCAUUAAUGAUUUGUUCCCUGGUAUCACCCUGGACAAGGCAGGCUAUCCUGAACUGGAGACUGCUAUUACACAGAGAGUUGAAGAAGCCGGCCUCAUUAACCAUCCAUCCUGGACCCUGAAGCUUAUACAGCUGUUUGAGACUCAGCGUGUCCGUCAUGGCAUGAUGGCGCUUGGGCCAUCUGGUGCCGGAAAGACUUGCUGUAUACACAUUCUGAUGAAAGCCAUGAGCGAUUGUGGUGCUCCUCACAAGGAGAUGAGAAUGAACCCAAAAGCCAUCACAGCACCUCAGAUGUUUGGACGGCUGGAUGUAGCCACCAAUGAUUGGACGGAUGGCAUCUUCUCUACGUUAUGGAGGAGAACACUAAGAGCUAAGAAAGGUGACCAUGUGUGGUUAGUUUUGGAUGGCCCAGUUGACGCCAUCUGGAUUGAGAACUUGAACAGUGUGUUGGAUGACAACAAAACACUAACUCUUGCCAACGGUGACCGUAUCCCAAUGGCUCCUAACUGCAAGAUAAUUUUUGAACCACACAACAUUGACAAUGCCUCCCCAGCAACAGUCUCCAGAAAUGGCAUGGUGUACAUGAGCUCAUCUGGUUUGGAUUGGAAGCCAAUCUUAGAGGGUUGGCUAAUGAAGCGAAACAUGCAAGAGGCAGAGACAAUGCGUCAGCUGUUCGACAACUCGUUUGCUGAAGUUUAUCGAUUUGCCAUUGAAAACCUUGUAUUCAAGAUGGAUGUCUUGGAGUGUAUGGUCAUUUCACAGGGUGUGAACCUCCUCCAAGGACUGAUUCCUUCCAAGGAUGACAAAGACAGCAAUGGCGUCGGAGCUGAUCAUCUUGAGAAGUUGUACGUCUUUAUGCUGAUGUGGAGUAUUGGUGCCCUCUUGGAACUUGAAGAUAGAGCAAAGAUGCAAGAGUUCCUGCGCAACCAUGAAGACAUCCAUCUGAACUUGCCAGAAAUUCCAGAAGGCUCUGAAGAUACUAUGUUUGACUACUAUGUUGAAAAUGAUGGCAGUUGGAAGCACUGGAAUGAGCGUGUGGAAGAAUGGGUGUAUCCCCCAGAUGUCACCCCGGAAUAUGGCUCCAUCCUGGUUCCGAAUGUGGACAACGUCAGGACAGACUUCCUCAUCAAUACUAUCGCUAAGCAAUCAAAGGCGGUGCUGUUAAUUGGUGAGCAGGGUACAGCAAAGACAGUGAUUAUCAAGGGGUACUGUGGCAAGUAUGAUCCUGAGAGGCAUGCUAGUAAAAGCUUCAACUUCUCGUCUGCCACCACUCCACUUAUGUUCCAGCGUACAAUUGAGAGCUAUGUUGACAAACGUAUGGGUAAUACAUACGGUCCACCUGCAGGAAAGAGAAUGUCAGUUUUCAUUGAUGAUAUCAACAUGCCGGUCAUCAAUGAAUGGGGUGACCAGGUGACCAACGAGAUUGUUCGGCAGCUGAUGGAAAUGGGUGGUUUCUACAAUCUGGAGAAGCCUGGAGACUUCACCAUCAUCGCAGACAUCCAGCUGAUGGCAGCGAUGAUCCAACCUGGAGGAGGACGUAAUGACAUUCCUCAGAGGUUGAAACGGCAGUUCUCAAUUUUCAACUGCACACUUCCAUCGAACAACUCCAUUGAUAAAAUAUUUGGUGUCAUAGGAACAGGCCAUUAUUGUGAACAGCGAAAAUUCUCAGAAGAGGUACGAGAACUAGCAAAAGCACUUGUGCCUAUCACACGCAGAGUCUGGCAGCUAACAAAGAUCAAGAUGUUGCCGACUCCUGCCAAGUUCCACUACGUGUUCAACUUGCGUGAUUUAUCUCGCAUCUGGCAGGGAAUGAUCAACACUAUAUCUGAGGUUGUCAACUCCCAGCAGGUUCUCUUGGCACUCUGGAAACACGAAUGCACACGUGUGAUUGCUGAUCGAUUCACAAAUCAGCAAGACAGCGAUUGGUUCCAGAAGACUAUAAUUCGUGUCGCUGGAGAGGAGCUUGGGGAACAGUUGCAGUCUCAUGUUGAAGAUUCGCAAUACUUUGUGGACUUUUUACGAGAUGCACCAGAAGCAACUGGUGAUGAACCAGAAGAUGCUGACUUUGAUGCUCCCAAGAUCUAUGAACCGACUCCUUCAUUCAAGUUCCUUGAAGAGAGGCUGCAGAUGUUUAUGUCACAGUACAAUGAAUCUAUCCGUGGUUCUGGGAUGGAUCUGGUGUUCUUCAGAGAUGCCAUGAUACAUCUAGUGAAGGUUUCUCGCAUCAUCAGCACUCCACGUGGUAAUGCCUUACUAGUAGGUGUUGGAGGAUCAGGGAAGCAGAGUCUAACCAGGCUAGCCUCCUUUAUCGCAGGCUAUAAAAGCUUCCAGAUUACCCUCACUAGAUCCUACAAUACUUCAAAUCUCAUGGAAGAUUUGAAGGUCCUCUACAGAGUGGCUGGACAGGAAGGCAAGGGUAUUACAUUCAUCUUCACAGACAAUGAAAUCAAAGAUGAGAGCUUCCUGGAGUAUUUGAACAAUGUCUUGUCAUCAGGAGAGGUGUCUAAUCUGUUUGCCCGUGAUGAGAUUGAUGAGAUAACUCAGGAGUUGAUACCAGUGAUGAAAAAAGAAUAUCCACGACGACCACCCACAGCCGAGAAUCUAUAUGAUUACUUCAUCACUCGGGCCAGACAAAAUCUGCAUGUGGUCCUUUGUUUCUCACCUGUUGGUGAGAAAUUCCGUAACCGUUCCCUCAAGUUCCCAGGAUUAAUUUCUGGAUGUACGAUGGACUGGUUCAGUCGUUGGCCAAAGGAUGCCCUAAUUGCUGUGGCAGAGCACUUUUUGAUCAAGUAUGAGAUUAUCUGUACCGAUGAGGUUAAGAAACAGCUGGUGCAGACGAUGGGUAUAAUUCAAGAUGGAGUGGCAGAAUCUUGUGUUGAAUACUUUGAAAGAUUCCGUCGUUCUACACAUGUGACUCCAAAAUCAUACCUGUCCUUUAUCAACGGAUACAAGAACAUCUACACCCAAAAGCACACUGAGAUUGGCGAGCUUUCACAACGUAUGACUACCGGUCUAGACAAGUUAGUUGAGGCCUCGGCAUCUGUUGCUACUUUAAGUGUCGAGCUUGUUGCCAAGGAAAAGGAACUUGCAGUAGCGAACGUCAAGGCUGACAAGGUGCUGGCAGAAGUGACAGAGAAGGCCCAGGCAGCUGAAAAGGUCAAAGCUCAGGUUCAGAAGGUCAAGGACAGAGCUCAAGCAAUCGUUGAUGAAAUUAAUGCCGACAAGCAGGUGGCUGAAGAGAAACUUGAAGCAGCCAAGCCUGCUCUAGAGGCUGCAGAGGCUGCCUUGAACACCAUCAAACCAGCUCAUAUAGCAACAGUUCGUAGGCUUGGUAAGCCACCUCACCUUAUUAUGCGAAUCAUGGACUGUGUGUUGCUGCUCUUCAAAAGUAAGCUGGACACAGUUAACAUUGACUAUGAGAAAAGUUGUGUCAAGCCAUCUUGGUCAGAAUCUCUCAAGUUGAUGGGUAGCGGUGGGUUCCUCCAGGGUCUGCUAUCAUUCCCUAAGGAUACCAUCAACGCAGAGACUGUGGAACUUCUGGCACCGUACCUGGAAGCUGAAGAUUACAACAUGGACAGUGCCAGAAAGAGUUGUGGAGAUGUUGCUGGGUUGGCAGGAUGGACUCAGGCCAUGUCAACAUUUUUUGGGAUUAACAGAGAAGUUCUACCACUGAAGGCCAACUUGGCAGUGCAGGAAGCCCGUCUAGCAACAGCCAUGAGUGAACUUGCCAAAGCCCAGAACCAGCUAGAUGCCAAACAAGCUGAGUUGGAUGCUGCGCAGGCCCUCUAUGAUUCAGCAAUGAAAGAAAAACAGGAUUUGAUGGAUGAUGCUGAGAGCUGUCGACGUAAAAUGGAUGCUGCAUCAACCCUCAUUACAGGUCUUGGAGGUGAAAAACAACGAUGGACAGAACAGAACAAAGAGUUUAAAUCACAAAUUGGAAGACUUGUUGGUGAUGUUCUAAUGGCAACCGGUUUCCUGUCGUACUCUGGCCCAUUCAACCAAGAGUUCCGUGGUCGUCUGCUGCUGAACUGGCAGAAAGAGAUGAAAACUAGAAGGAUUCCAUUCACAGCCAAUCUGAACUUGAUUGAAAUGCUUGUUGAUAAUACAACAAUUUCCGAAUGGAAUCUUCAAGGCUUACCAAAUGAUGAGCUCUCGAUACAGAAUGGUAUUAUUGUAACCAGGGCAUCUAGAUUCCCCCUUCUCAUCGAUCCCCAGGGUCAGGGGAAAAUCUGGAUUAAGAACAGAGAAGCAAAUAGUGAACUCCAGGUGACCUCUUUGAACCAUAAAUACUUCAGAACUCAUCUUGAAGACUCAUUGUCAUUGGGACGCCCUCUAUUGAUUGAAGAUGUUGUGGAGGAGCUUGAUCCAGCACUGGACAAUAUCUUAGAGAAGAACUUCAUCAAGAGUGGAAAAACUCUAAAGGUGAAAGUUGGUGACAAAGAAGUUGAUGUCAUGGAUGGCUUCAGACUUUACAUUACUACAAAGCUGCCUAAUCCAGCCUACACACCAGAAAUUAGUGCAAAGACCUCAAUUAUUGACUUCACUGUCACCAUGAAGGGACUGGAAGAUCAGUUGCUUGGACGGGUAAUUCUAACGGAAAAAAGUGAACUUGAAUCAGAGAGGACCAAGCUGAUUGAGGAUGUGACAGCCAACAAACGGAAGAUGAAGGAACUAGAGGACAACCUCUUGUACCGUCUGACCAGCACACAGGGAUCCCUUGUGGAGGAUGAAUCUCUCAUCAACGUGCUCAACAUCACCAAGAUCACUGCUGAAGAGGUCAGUAUGAAACUAAUGGUUGCUGCUGAAACCGAGUUGAAGAUCAAUACUGCUAGAGAAGAGUUCCGACCAGUGGCAACUCGAGGCAGCAUUCUGUACUUUUUAAUCACUGAAAUGAGUAUGGUAAAUGUCAUGUACCAGACAUCACUAAAACAGUUCUUGGGAUUGUUUGAUCUCUCAAUGUCAGAGUAAGUUGAUAUAUACCAACAUU